CUCUCUCUCUCUCAUCUCGCUCUCACUUUCUCUCUCUCUAUCUCUCUCUUUCUCUAUCCCUCUCUCCCUCCCACUCGCCUGGGAUAGCACUAUAGCGGUGAGAGCUGUAUGUUGCAGAGGGACGGUCAUUGGCGAAAGACACAGUAAAUGCGAUUAAUGUUAGCCAUCGUGGCCAGACAACCAACACUGGAGAAACGCUGAAAAUGGCUGGCCAUGUUUCUGGGAUCGAAGAAUGAAGUGCCUGGGAACUUUUCUGGAAGUGUCGUACCUCUGUGAUUGUGUCUGUGUGCUCAGGAAGGCUUUUUUUGCAAAGUGAGACCAAUCAUUUUUCUUGAUUCCCUGGCUGACAGAGAGGGACGGAGCGAGCAAACCCCUCCAUUAGGACCUGAUAUAUUUCCCAAACAAUUUAGUGUAUUCAUGAGGCUACGCAAAUGUGGAGGCAGCAAAAUGACCGUAAUCAAUUGAAACAGUGAGUGUGCGUCGGUCCAUGGCUCUGAUUAUUUGGAGAUCAUCUAUCAGCCUGAUGUGUAUGUAACAAGGCUGUUGAGUUUCAGUGAUAAGUCCAUGAUCAUUGGGCAAGUGAGUUGGACAACGAUAAUCGGGCACCUUGGCAGGUGAGGCAAGCGCUCCCCGAACAUUAGGAAAAAAAGAAAGAAACAUUGAAGAGGAUAAGUUAGUAUGGAGGUCAGAUACAACCAAGAGCCUGAACCAGGGAUGGGGCUGAAGAACGGCAUAAAGGAUGGGAACGACGGCAAGGAUUCCCAGGGAAACCUUUCCAAAACCUUCCUAAAGGAUCAGCAGGAGUCCUUCUCGCCAUCUGGGACGGUGGAAAGCUGUGAGAAAAACCGGGGGACGGGGGACCCGGACUACUGCCGGAGAAUACUUGUCCGAGAUGCAAAAGGGUCUAUCCGAGAGAUCAUUCUGCCAAAGGGACUGGAUUUGGACCGUCCCAAACGAACCCGAACCUCUUUCACCGCAGAGCAACUCUAUCGUCUGGAGAUGGAGUUCCAGAGGUGCCAGUAUGUGGUUGGGAGGGAACGAACAGAACUGGCCCGCCAGCUUAAUCUAUCUGAAACGCAGGUUAAAGUUUGGUUCCAGAACCGACGCACAAAACAGAAAAAGGACCAGGGCAAAGAUUCAGAGCUGCGCUCGGUGGUGUCGGAGACGGCGGCCACCUGCAGUGUAUUGAGACUUCUGGAGCAGGGCCGGCUCCUCACGCCACCAGGCCUGCCAGGGCUCCUGCAGCACUGUGGCAACGGCUCCCUGGGUGCCGCACUGCGAGGGCCCUCCAUGGGCAUGGCCAGCAACGGAAGCAGCAGCAGCAGCAGUGGUGCCAGCUCAGGGACGGCCGGCGGCAGUCCCCCUCUACCUAUAGUGACGAGCUCAGGGACGGUGGCAGGCCUCCAGAGCUCCCCGUCAGCUCACGGCCUGUUCAGCUUCCCCAUGCCCUCUCUGCUUGGCAGCGUGGCCACCCGCAUGUCCUCCAACCCGCUCUCCAUGGCCGGCUCCCUGGCCGGGAACCUGCAGGAACUGUCUGCCCGCUAUCUGAGCUCUUCUGCUUUUGAACCUUACUCACGGACCAAUGGAAAGGAGAGUGUGGACAAAAACGUUUUGGAAUGAUGUUUUUCAAAGGAUUUUGAUUUGUUUUGUUGUUCUCCUUGUUUUUUAUUGUCUUGGUUUAGUUUGUUUGUUUCACCCUCUUCUGUCCUGUUUGUGUUGUGGUUGUUGUUCAUGUAAAUCCAACUGAACAUCUGAUGCCUCUCAGAGGGAGGAAAACAAAAACAUACACAUGUAUACAUUUUCAUUCUUACUUAUGCACUAAAUUAAAAUUGAAUCUCCAAGUUCUAAAUUUCAAUACAAAUGAUCAGAGAAACAAAUGUCCAUGAGAUUACCAAGGAACAGCAUUUUAUUUCUUAGCCACAUUUUCUCACAUGUAUUUAUCUGCAAUAGUAAUCCCCAAAAAAGCACAGAAAAUGAGUCUGUUUAUGUUUGGGUAACACAUCACAAAUGUUGUACCUACUGGUAAUUGACACAUUACAUACAAAGCUUUUGAAUGGUUGGGUGUAACAUGAUGGUACCUUUUUUGAUUUUGUGUUUUAUUAUUUGCUUGUUUUGGGUAGACUUGUGUCACAGUGUGUAGACUUAGAGUUAUCAAGCACUACAGCUUGUGCAAUUCAGGUGACAGACUGUCAGUUCAGGACGGCCUGGUGAACUUGGAGUUAAUUUGGCCCUUUGUCAAAUAUGACAUUUCUGUUUACGGAAAUAUCGCAGGUCUCUUUUUCCAUUUGCAGAUACUCAUGAGGAACACAGGUAUUUAACAUGCAAAUGCCAUUUACAUAUGCAGUUUUCCAAUAUUAAGCUACAACAACAGUCUUUUAUACCAGUUUGUAUUUGUUUUUAUUUUUGGCCCAAAACAAACUAAAGAAAAAUGUUGUCAUACAGUAUGAUAGUUAAAUGGUUCUGUGUUAGUUGUUUUCUAAAUGGUUCUGUGAGGGUUUUCCCAAUAUGAUUUUUAACAGAGUCUAAAUUUGUGACUUUCAUGUCUUAAAGAUGCAGUAUUCCACUUUUUCGUCUGUGAUUUGAAUAAUAUUAGAGUGGUAUGGUAGUCCAGAUUUACAUGUACAGGUAAGAGUUGGAGUAAAGCUUGGAAAUGUGGGGUGGGGAAAAGAGAGUGGGUUCUGGGAAAGCCUUUGAACUUCAGAAUGCUGCUUGCAUAGUUGGAUAUACAGAAUUGAGCUUGAUGCGACAGGAUUGAAAACGGUGCAGAAGGUUUGCAAUCUUUAAUUGAGACAACAACUUUUCUCAUGUGAAAUGUUUUAAGACCAGUCACCAUGGCUGUAGUAUAAAAGAAAAGAAAGAAAAUGAGAAUUGUACCUAAAAUUGUUAUUUUAUUGUAAAUUAUUCACGUCUGUAAUUAAUUGAUAAUUAGUAUAUCUGCAAAAUAAUGAAUGAAUGAAUGUAAAAGAGGGGGGUGAUAAAUCAAUCAAAGCUCUUUGGUGCUGUUGUUGUGAAAUAUCUUGAACUUUGUGAAAUGUGUGGCACGAGUGUGGAUAUAUAUAUUAUAUAUAUAUAUAUAUAUAUAUAUAUAUAUGGCUACCAAAAAAAGCCAUGUGUGUUUUUUCAAUUUCUUUCAUGGAUUCGUCUUGAUGAUAAUCCAGUUCUGAUAAAAAAGGCCAUGUUGUACCUUCAUUGACAA